AUGAAUUUAACGGGAUACAUUGGUUUAGCAAUACGCGACAAACUCCAGAGUAAUUGCUCUUUUUCUGUGAAGGCUGCAAAUAUCCAAAAUGCAGGGGCCAUUGGAGUUGUUAUUAUGAAUGAGAAGCCGUUGCGAUGGGAAGUCGAUUCUUUGAUUAUCAUGGCAAACGAUACAAGUGCUCCUAGUAUUACGAUUCCAGCGAUUUUCGUCCAAUAUGAAAGCGGUGAACAGAUUCUUAGUUUACUGUCAAACAGCUCCUUAAUCGCUGAAAUCAGCAGUCAGGGAGAAACCAAACCUGGUUCCUACAACUGGCUGGCCGGCAUUUUUGGUUACCUCAUCCUCUUCGUGGCGAUCAACCUGCUUCUGAUCAUUUCCAGCAUUCUCAUCGGGUGUUCGAACGUGUUUGGGAUGAAGCAGAGCAUCGAGAAGCUGAAAGAAAUCGUUACCUUCAGCUACGAUCCACCCGAUGUGGAAAACGCGCCCGACUGCACGAUCUGCCUGGAGACGCUGAAGAAGGGAGACGAGGUGAAGAAGCUUCCGUGCGGCCAUGUGUUUCAUUCGGCGUGCGUAACGCCCUGGCUGAUGAAGAAACGAGCGGUGUGUCCGGUGUGUCGUCAAGGAAUCUUCGAGGAUGACAUGCUUAAUUGGAUGAUGGAGGGGAAGCGAGAUCGGAGUGAUCAUGAGAAGAGGAUGGGAAUGAAGGGCAGAGUUGAAUUAUACAAAAUCGGUGACAAACAGGACAAUUAUAUACACACUAUUGAAUGA